ACAUGCCAUGAAGGAGCUGACGCAUGAAGAAGCGACAAGCAUUUCGUCAUCAUGCUGAGAGACACCAACCUGGAGCGCUACAGGAUCAGCCUCGACCGGUUCGCAUGCACCCUCACCAGUAACCCGCAGGUCAAUGCGUUCGCCGUCUUCAUCUGUUCCCUGGGAGAUCAGGCGGACAGGCUCCAGAGGACACUGCCGGCCGGGCGAUCUUUUGUCACCAUGGACACCAAGCAGAUCCCCCAAAUCCUUCAGCAGAUUUUCACAUCCACCAUGCUGUCCAGUGCCCGAGAGAACUGCAGUUGGGCGAAUCACACUGAAAUUGACAUGUCACUGAUGACAGUGAUCUCUGCAUCACGGAGCAACAGAAAAUCAGGGUUACAUUUUACUGGAAAAACAAAAGAAAGACUAAAAAGGAAUUAUACUUAAA